UAAAUAAUAUUAGAAAAAUAUCGAUGUAUCAUUUGUUGAUUGUAACAUAUUUUAUAAUAUGAUCUAAAAAGGGUAAUAAGUAAAAAACAGUUUAAUAAUAUAUGAUAUAACAAACGGAGAAUGCAUCAAAUAAGAAGUAACUAAUGUAAUAAAAAUUGAUAAUGAAUUAGGAAAAUAAAUAAUUGCUCACUCAGAAAUAAUAAAACUUGAAAAUAUUUAAAAAAAAUUACCUAAAAAUAAGCAAGAUCUAUUUUCUAGAAAUAAGAGGUGUUAUAACUUUAUAGUAUUUUAGGAUAAGAAUACACAAUUUCUAUAAAUUUUAAACGAUUUAAUAUAAAAAUAAUAUAUAAUGGACAGUCAAAUCAAAGGAAGUGAAUUAUUAAAUAGUGGAUAUAUAAAAAUUUCCGAUAAAAUUUUAUAGUUAUAGUUAGAAAAUAAACUAUUAGAAGAAAAGUUAAAUGUAAAUUCAGAUCAAUCAAUUUUUAAUUUAAGAAAAGCGUUAGCCUUAUAUAAUGUACUUAAAAAAUUUAAAAUUAAUCAAGUUCAUAUUUUAAGAUAACCUACUUAACUAUUCACUUAAUUAUAUCCUUUUAUGACUAACUUUUUUUAAAUAUUAAAUAAUGUUUAACUAAAAUUUUAUCCUAAUGAAAUAUUAAAUGGAUAAUUUUAUUAUGGAAACUGUUAACAUGCUGCUUAAGAGGAGCUAAUUAGUUAAUUAGGCAUUACUCAUGUUGUAAAUAUGACAACUGAAGUAGAAAACUUUUUCGAGUCAAAUACUAAAGUUACUUAUUUAAAAAUAUCUAUUUUAGAUGAAGAUGAUGUCAAAAUAUUCCCAUAUUUUAAAUAAACAUAUUAGUUUAUAAGAAAUGCUUUAGAAAAUCCUAAAAAUAAAAUAUUUGUUCAUUGCGCUUAAGGAAAAUCACGUUCUGGAACAAUAGUUAUUAUGUAUCUUAUGAAAAAAUAUAAAUGGUCAUUAAAUGCGGUAAUUAAAAAUAAUUUUAAAAUAAAUAAUUUAUUUUAUUUUAAAGACAUUAAAAUAUGUAUAAGAAAGAAGAGAUAUAUGUUAACCUAACCCAGGCUUUAUGGAAUAAUUGAGUAUGUUUGAAGAAAAUAAAUUUAUGUUUGAAGGAGAAAUCGAAGGUGAAUUUUCAGAAAAUUAAUGUUGUUAAGAUAAUAAUGAUUAA